UCAAGACAUUCGGUGUCUGGAUCGGGUGAGAGACGGUUGUGCGAAAUCUGGGAGUGCUGGCAAAAGUGGGAAUUGUAACUAAAAAUGCGGUGGUAUGGUGUGAGGCGCGGCGCCGUGCGUCCCGCCUCCAUGUGAAGUGACUGAACUGAAUCAGAUGAGCCCAGUCGGCUGUACAGACCGCACGUGUGUGACGUACUGUGCUUUUUGUUGCCAGUGAUCAGCUGCUUUUGUGUCAUCCAGUGCCAUUUACACCGCAACAGAGUCAAAUCUGCCCUGUUCCAGUUUAAAUUUGAGAUGUUACUCAGACCAAAACUUUAAUCCUUAUGUCAAGACGACACUCAGCAUUUAAGAAGCAAACGCGUCACAACAUAAAAAGUGAAGUUUUCGAAGCUGUGACAAGGACAAGCCCGUCCUUGAUGUUCUCGACAACCAACAAUCUCUGCGCCCUAACCCUUUGUAUAUCGAAAAGCCCCUGUCGCUAUUCCGCCAGAGAUCCCAGGUUAAGACACUGGUCGAGAGAACUAAGUAUUUCUUCCCCGUAGAAGAAACCUCAAAUUGGGUUAAAUCCCAAAUUAAAGCCAUCCCCGAGAGAGAAAGGCAAAAGUACGAGGCACCGUACUUAAAAGACCUCAGAAAGACUAAUGGACUCUCCAAGAGCCCACGCCAAUGGAGUCCCGGGUCAUGAGAAGGCAUUCAAGUAUGAGCCAAAAGUACCGUCUGAAGAGGAGAAGACUACGUCACCGCUUUUCAACAACAAGACCAGUGAAUUCAAAUACAUAGAUUCGCAAGAUGAAAAGAAUGACGUGAGAGUAGCAGGUAAACCUGAAAAUGAUCUCAACACUGUCAAUUCUAUGAAAACGGACCCGGAAAAUACUAAACAAGGCAACAGACUGUCCGUAACUUAUCAUAAGAAUGAUGAAGACGCGACGUCGACUAAUGAGGGAGUGAAGUUCUUAGGGCUUGGUGAUGCCGACAGUAUCUGUUCGAGCAGGCCACCUCCUGAGCAGGCGCCUCAGAUACCUGAUGGAGGAUGGGGAUGGGUGGUUGUUGCCGCUUCAUUCCUCAUAGCCACCGUAGCUGAUGGGCUUGCCUUCUCCUACGGUUUGAUUCACGAAAAAUUCAUCUUAUACUUCGGGAAGAGUGAAGCUGAAACCUCGUUAAUUGGAAGUCUGUUUAUAUCAGUGCCUCUUAUAGCAGGACCUAUAAUGAGCGCACUUGUAGAUCGAUACGGAUGUAAGAACAUGACUAUACUUGGCGGAGUAGCGUCUACGAUUGGAUUCGUUGCUGCUUCGUACAGUAACUCUGUAGAAGUAUUAUGUGUGACGUAUGGCCUAAUGGCUGGUCUUGGCAUGGGGCUUCUUUACGUAACCGCAGUAGUUUCGAUUGCGUACUGGUUUGAGAAACGAAGAAACCUGGCUGUAGGGUUAGGGUCGUGUGGAGUUGGUUUCGGAACUUUUGUGUAUUCUCCAUUGACCACUUAUCUUUUGGAUGAGUAUGGAUGGAGAGGUGCGUUGUUGCUUCUUGCUGGCACUGUACUUAAUGUUUGUGUGUGUGGUGCUGUUAUGAGAGACCCAGAAUGGUUGAUUUUGGAGCAGAAAAAGCAAAGAAAGUUGAGUAAAACGAAGAGAGCCUCCAGUUCAGUGUCAAUAUCAGCGAAAUCUGGAGGUGGAGAAUCAGUAUACCCUGGCAUGGAGGAGCUGAAAACCUUAAUGAAGAGUGGUGAAACACCCGAGUAUAUUUUGACAGCUUUAGUGGCUUCCAUCGCGGAGGCUGAAGAUUUAGAAACAGCUACAAAAAUGAAUGCUGAUAUGUCUCAUAAAGUAAACUCUGUCAUAAAUCUACCCACCUUUUUAAGAAAUAGUGAAAAGGUUCCAGCGGAAGUGUUGGAUCAGUUGACAUCAAACAAGCGUCUCUACAAUAUAAUAUUGCAGAACUAUCCUUCCCUUUUAGCUUUGAGAAGUAAUUCGGAGCAGAAACUGCCGAUUGAACCUGCCCCAUCUAAAGGAAAGCAGAUAACUAUGUCUAUGAAGUUAAAGUUGAGCAAGAAAGAAAAAGAGAAGAAGAAAGAGUUUGAGAAUAAACUAGACGAAGUUAGAGAGAAGCUUCUGCAGCCAAUUCCUGAGAAUAAACCAGCUGUGAUCACUCCGCGGACUGAACGGCAAGAUUGGCUUUCAAGGCAGUUCCAGACGGAUCGUCACUAUUUGAGAGACAUCAGGGUUCACAGGAACUCUAUCAUGCACAGGGGGGCGAUGAUGAACAUCGCCAAAUAUAAACUGCGAGCUUCGUCGUGUCCUGAUAUUUAUAGGAAUUCUAUGUGGUCUAUGGAAGAUCAAGAAGAAAAGACAUGGGGCCGCCGUUUCCUCGACAUGAUCAACAAGACGUUCGACUUCAACAUGUUCACGGAGUUCCACUUCCUGAUGAUGAACCUGUCCACCCUGGUGCUGUUCAUCUGGUUCAUCGUGCCUUACUUCUACAUCGCUACCUUCAUGACCAUGAGUGGCUACUCCGAGUCUCACGGCGCUUGGAUGCUGAGUGUGUUUGGAGUUGCUACCAUCGUUGGAAUUGUCGGCCUUGGCUGGAUGGGUGACCUGCCCUGGGUGAACGUGACCAAGACCUACGCUCUUUGCCUCAUUGUCUGCGGAAUCACAAUCCUCAUGUUCCCGAUCCUCAUCAACAUCAUGGACCCUGAAGCUCCGUACAGUUUCUACAUUUUAGCCCUUAACGCUGUGAUGUUUGGGCUCAUGUUCUCGAGUUCGUACUCGUAUACCCCGAGUAUACUGGUGGAGCUGAUCGCCUUGGAGAGAUUCACGAUGGCUUAUGGACUGGUCCUGCUGAGUCAAGGAGUUGGGCAUCUGAUUGGACCGCCUAUGGCUGGCGCACUCAGAGACUCUACUGGAUACUGGGACGCGGCGUUCUACGUGUCCGGCAUCUGGGUGAUAAUCUCUGGUCUCCUUGUGGGGGUUAUUCCGUACACCAAGAACUUCAGGAUUUGCGGCAACGCGCCGCUUGCGAAGGAUGUUGCGGUGGACCCCGAGCCUGGAGUCAAGAUUAUCAUUGCCCAUUAGAUAUUAGAGAAGUAAUGAAAGUCAUUUUGGAGAAUUUAUUUUAAUUCCUUAGAUUGCAACCGAUCUGGCUGCAAGACGACAAAAUGGACUCUACAAUAUUUAGAACAGACUAAAGAAAUAAGCAAAUACUUAAUCGAUUUUACUGUUGCAAAUUAAACGAGGGACCAUAGUUAUGGUGCUUAACCUGAACUAUUUAAACUGGCUAUCUAUCUACUCAUGUUGAUAUAAAAAUAAAAUGACAUUUUAGAAACUAUUUAUGUGACUUUGAUAAGGUGUUUCUUUUUAAUUUGUACUUAUAUUAGAGUUGGAGGAGUAACAGGAAUUUGCGUUUUCUGGUUGGUGUGUUUAGGUAGUUUUUGAAGAUUUAAUUUAAUAUAACUUCCUAUUUUAUAAGUAUCCAUGUAUCUACAAAAAAUCUGUAGUCGCUACGACAGUAUGUUACGUGUUGCACAUUACGAAGCAAUUAAAAAAGUGAGAGAUGUCACAUGUAAUUUAUUUGAUUCAAUUAUAAACUAAAUUACAGAUUUAAGUAAAGAUCACAUUGUGCCUAAAUAGGAUCUACGGAAAGACAAGUGUAUUUAAUCAGGCAUCGGAUUUUAUAACUACCCUCAGUAUAAAUAAGUGGUUUGCUAUUUGAUAGAAUAGUAACUUAUUGGGAUUAAUUUAGUACUUAUUUAAUUAUUUAAUUUUAAUUACUCUUACGGAGUUUAUGUAUUUUGUAUUUUUGAGUGUAAUUUAGUUAAAAAGUAUAAUCGUAGCAUAAGAUUAAUUCAUAUUUAAAAUUAUUGUGGUUUCUAAGAAGGAUUCGAUUAUGAUUAAGUAUUUCUUAGUAAGUAAUGAUAUUUUCAUAGACAUUCAUUAAAGACACGGUACAAUUUUAAAUGUUAAUUCUUAUUUUUAACUUGCCAAUUGAGAACACCGAUGAAAAGAAUGAAUUUAUUUAUUUACUUAAGUUAGGUACCCAAGUAUUGUAAAACGUAAGUUUUAAAAUCUACUUAAUUA